UGGCGGGCGUCGGUGGCAGACAGCCGAGACGGUGGAGUGUGUUAUUUCAGGCAGACCAAGUACUUGGCCGGCAGGGUGAAUUGUUGCAAUUCAAGGUCCGCCUCGGCUUUGCCGUUACAUGGACGUGUGUUACCGCGUGGCAAUUCGGGGCCUUCAUCGCUGGAAUUAUCCCGUAUCGUGUUUAUUGUCCGUGUCCGCGUGGUGAAAGUGAGACACCGAAACCUCGCCGUUCGACAGUUUCCCAGACGGAGACGGAGCUGGCGGUAGUAGCGUGCGGGUAAGCUACAGACCUUGCAGGCCUGUGAGGUGAGAAGCUGGAGGCGCUUGGAUGAACUGAGGCGCUGUCCGUCUGUACGUGAACCCCUCGCGCCCGGACCCGCUCGGUCCGGUUGAGAACGACCCGCCGGGUGCCGGAAUGCGGCCGCGUUGCGCGUGGCCGGCCGCGGCGGUGGCGGCGGUGCUGUGGGCGGCGACGCUGGCGGCGACCGACAGCUCGGACAUGAGGGGCCUCAUCUCGCUCGUCGAUGGCGACCUGGCGGCGCGCAACGUGACACCGUGCAAGGAGCACCUGUGCCGGGCGGACGGCCGCCGGCCGCGGCUCGCCGACAGCUGGAUCGAGCACGGCUGCUUCUGCGACGACGAAUGCGCCACGUUUGGCGACUGCUGUCGGGACGCGUCCGGCGCCGGCGGUGCUGCGCGUCCCGACCUCACCUGCGCUGCGCUGCGCCACUACGGCGGCGUGUACAUGGUGUCGCGCUGCCCGCCCGGCUGGCGCGGCGAGGAAGCGCGGCGCCGCUGCCAGCGGCCGCCGCCGCUGGCGCAGGACCCGCUGGCCGCCAUGCCGGUCAGCAGCCCGGCCAGCCGACUGACCUACGCCAACGUCUACUGCGCCACGUGCCACGACGACGCGGCCGGCGCCGUGCUGUGGCAGCCUCGCAUCGAAUGUCCGACAGUGCCAGCCGCCGCCGAUCAGCCGCAGGCCACCCAGCGGCUGCGCCAGGACGGCACCGGCCACUGGGGCGUGGCGCUGCUGACCGACGGCGGCGGCGAGACCUUCCACCCGUGCGAAGUGGAUCCGUUCAUGCCGGAGACUGUGGAGCAUUUCGUGCGCCGUUGCCGGACCGCCGUGGACGCCUGCGCCGCCGACUGGGCCGACCUGGAGGUGGCGGCGCUGUGCGGUGCCUACAACGCGCACGCGUUCGAUUCCAAUCGCCGCGCGACGGACGGUCCGUACCGCAACCCGCACUGCGCGCUCUGUAACGGCGUGCCGGCUGCGGACCUGCUGUGCGUGCAGGGCCUGGACGUCCGCCAGCUGCGGCCGCGCAACAACUUCAACCUGCGCGCCUUCUCCAUCCUGCUGGACGUCAACGACCAGUCGGGCAGCGAGGUGGUGGGCGCGGUGAGCGUGUGUCCGCCCGGCCGCCUCUGGGACCCGUUCUUCAAGAAGUGCCGGGACGUACUGUGUGACGCCGGCUUCCGUCUGGAGGGCGACACCUGCGUCGCGGUGGAGGUCAGCCGCAGCCUGGACGCCAUCGUGUUUCCCGACAGCGGUAGCGGCCCCCGCCGCAACAACAUUAACAACAACGACAACAACAUUAACAACAACAACGGCGACGACGACGAUGAGGCGCGGUCGUCCGACUUCCAGCUGUGCCCCAAGUACUACCUUGAGCCGGGCGAAUUUUCGCCGGCCGCCAACGGCUCCGUACAUGUGCCGUUGUACAAGCGACACUACGCGGCUGGCGAGUACGAGCUGCGCGACGGCGAGCUGGUGGUGUGCGCGCUGACGCAGGACUUCGGCAAGUUCGACAGUGCGCUGUCGUACGUGUCGAUUGUGUUCCUGGCCGCCUCGAUCCUGUGCCUGUUCUGCCACCUCGUGGUGUUCGCGCUGGUGCCGGACAUUAGGAACAUGUCGGGCCAGAACCUGGCGUCGCUCUGCGUCUGCCUGCUGCUCGGCUAUAUCUGCUUCAUGGCGGCGCCGUUCCAACAGCCCGGGAGCGGCGGGUGCCGCACGCUGGCCAUCGUCAUGUACACCGCCUUCAUCGCCUCCUUCUUCUGGAUGAACGUCAUGGCCUUCGACGUGUUCAUCACCCUCAGGCAAGCGGUGACCGAGCUGCGCGUCUCGGAGGGGCGCAACCUGAAGCGGUUCGCGCUGUACGCGCUGUACGUGACGGCGAUGGCGGGCGCGCUGCUGGCCGCCGCGCUCGCCACCGACGCCGCCGAGGACGCCGCCGAGCCGUACCGGCCCGGCUUCGGCGAGCGCGUCUGCUGGUUCAGCCGGCGGCGCGCGCUCAUGGUGUUCUUCGCCGUGCCGCUCGCCGUCGUCAUGGCCGCCAACGUGCUGCUGUUCGUGGGCAGCGCGCGCCUGCUGCGCCGGACGGCCCGCUCCACGGCCCAUCUCACCUGUGCGCCCUCCAAGGUGAACCUGCGCCUGUACUCGCGACUGGCGGUCAUCACGGGCCUGUCGUGGGUGGUCGGCCUGGCCGCCGGUUGGCUGGACUUCUCACCACUCUGGUACGCGUUCGUCGUCCUGAACACCCUGCAGGGCGUCUUCAUCUUCGUCUCGUUCACUCUGGCGGAGCGGGUGCGCAGCAAGGUGCGCCGACAGGCCUCACGCUACUCCCGCCGGACGGCGGCGCCAGGCGGCGGCGGCCGCAGCAGCGGCAACGGCAGUGGCAGCGGCAGUGGCAGUGGCAGCGGCAGCGGCGGCGGCAACCACACCGACUCCACCGGUCUGCCGCUGACCCGCACCAGGCGGUAGGGCCGCGGCCACAGCAGCUCC